AUGGCAGUCUUCCCAAACUCCUGUCUCUCCGGGUGUCUGCUUGUCUUCAUUCUCCUCCAGGUGCCCGAGCUGGAUUCUGCUCCCUUUGACGUGAUUGGACCCCCGGGGCCCAUCCUGGCGGUGGUGGGUGAAGAUGCCGAGUUGCCCUGUCACCUCUCCCCCAACGUGAGCGCCGAGCGCAUGGAGUUGCGAUGGUUCCGAGAGAAGGUCUCUCCCGCGGUGUUCGUGCGCCGGGAAGGGCGAGAGCAGCCCGGAGAGCAGAUGGCCGAGUACCAGGGGAGAGUGACGCUGGUGGAGGACCGCAUCGCGGAGGGGCGCGUCGCUGUGAGGAUACAGGACGUCAAGGCCUCUGAUGAGGGGAAGUACCGAUGCUUUUUCAGGCAGGACGAAGACUACGAAGAGGCCACCGUGCAUCUGAAGGUGGCUGCUCUGGGCUCUGAUCCUCACAUCCACAUGGAAGUUCAAGAGAGUGGAGAGAUCUGGCUGGAGUGUACCUCAGUGGGAUGGUACCCAGAGCCCCGGGUACAGUGGCAAACUCCCAAGGGAGAGGAGUUUCCAUCCGUGUCAGAGUCCAGGAACCCUGAUGAAGAAGGUCUGUUCACCGUGGCAGCUUCAGUGAUCAUCAGGGACACCUCCAUGAAGAAUGUGUCCUGCUGUAUCCGGAACCUCCUUCUCGGCCAAGAGAAGGAAGUAGAGAUUUCUAUACCAGCUCCCUUCUUCCCAAGGCUGACUCCCUGGAUGGUGGCUGUGGCUGUGGUCUUGAUGGUCCUAGGACUUCUCACAAUUGGGUCCAUAUUUUUCACUUGGAGACUAUACAAGGAAAGAUCCAGACAGAAGAGGCAUGAAUUCAGCUCUAAAGAGAAACUCCUGGAAGAGCUCAAAUGGAAAAAGGCUACAUUGCAUGCAGUUGAUGUGACUCUGGAUCCAGAUACCGCCCACCCCCACCUCUUUCUGUAUGAGGAUUCAAAAUCUGUCCGACUGGAAGAUUCACGUCAGAAACUGCCUGAGAAACCAGAGAGAUUUGACUCCUGGCCUUGUGUGUUGGGUCGUGAGGCCUUCACCUCGGGGAGACAUUACUGGGAGGUGGAGGUGGGAGACAGGACUGACUGGGCAAUCGGGGUGUGUAGGGAGAACGUGACGAAGAAAGGGUUUGACCCCAUAACUCCCGAGAAUGGUUUCUGGGCUGUGGAGUUGUAUGGAAACGGGUACUGGGCUCUCACCCCACUGCGGACCCCUCUCCCAUUGGCGGGACCCCCUCGCCGAGUUGGGAUCUUCCUGGACUGUGAGUCAGGAGACAUCUGCUUCUACAACAUGACUGAUGGAUCCCAUAUCUAUACUUUCUCUAAUGCCUCUUUCUCAGGCCCCCUCCGGCCCUUCUUCUGCCUGUGGUCCUGCGGCAAAAAGCCCCUGACCAUCUGCCCAGUCACUGAUGGGUUUGAGGGAGUCACAGUAGUUGCUGAUCCCAAGGACCUUUCUAAGGACAUCCCACUCUCGCCCAUAGGGCAGGACUCUGCCUCUGGGGAUACAGACACCCUCCAUUCUAAACUGAUCCCUCCCCAGCCCAGCCAACGGGUACCUUAA